CAAAUCCCCAACAAGCAGGAAUCCCCCUGAUGGGGUAGAUAGGAGAGAUUAUACAAUUUUCUAUUUCUUUCAAGUGGGUUUGCCGGGUAAUGAUUUUUUCCUUUAUCUAGCUUUCGAAUAAACAAGAAAAUCGAAUAAGUUUGGGAAUGAGAAGAUAUUUGGGUUUGAAAUUUUUACAGAAAAAAAAUUGUAGAGGAAAGUUUACGGUUCUUGUUAUUAUUUUUUAAUAGAAUUAAUUCAAUUUUUCUCAAAUUAUUUGGUAUCACAUAUGAUCUUAGGCUAAUCCAGAGAAAGCCACCGAACAACUCUGUCUAAACGCUAAACCUCCUUAACCAUGUGGCCGGCUUCGCUUCGCCCCCGUUGUCUUCUCUCUUAUCCACUUCACUCACCUUCCCUAAGGGUUAUAUCAUUACUCGCAACAUUUCUAGAGCGCCUCGUUUCUGCCUCUGCUUCAUCACAUCAACCUUGUUGCACAACAGCAAUUUUAUCAAGAAAUCUUACUUUUGACUCUAGUUCAGGCUUCAACUUCAAUACCCAUUUUGUUGAAGGAAGUGAUCUUGGUGAGAAUAUUGAUCGUUAUGACAAAGACUCUGGAGAUUCAAGUUUCUUUGGUAGUCAUUAUGGGGACGUUGAAAAGAAUAAAAAAUCUAAACUUGAUAGAUUUGAUGAGGUUGAGGAUUCUGAUGAAGAAGUAGAAGAUGGCGAGUAUAAUAGUGAUUGUAAUGAUACCUUCACAGUUUUGGAAUCUUUUGAUAAAAAUUGUAUCAAUAGAGAAGAAGUAAGGAGAGUUGAAGUGGAGGAAGAUGAACUUAGACACCCUUUAGUGAGAGAAGUUUGUAGGUUGAUUGAACUGAGGUCAGCUUGGAGCCCAAAGCAUGAAGAGGAAUUGAGACACCGGUUACGAAGCCUCAAGUCUCAGCAUGUUUGUGCUGUUUUGCGCUCUCAGACUGAUGAACGUGUUGCUUUGAAGUUUUUCUACUGGGCUGACAGGCAAUGGCGUUAUCGGCAUGAUACAAUAGUUUAUUAUGUAAUGCUUGAAGUCCUCAGUAAGACAAAGUUGUGUCAGGGUGCUAAGCGGGUUCUCCGGCUUAUGAUACGUAGGGGAAUCAACUGCCGGCCUGAAGUGUUUAGUUAUGUAAUGGUGUCUUACAGUCGGGCAGGCAAGUUGAGAAAUGCAAUGCAGAUAUUGACUAUGAUGCAAAAGGCUGGCGUCAAACCUGACUUAUUGAUAUGUAACACUGCAAUUCAUGUUUUGGUGGUGGGAAACAAGUUGGAGAAGGCAUUGAGGUUUGUGAAAAGGAUGCAACUUGUUGGCAUUACACCUAAUGUUGUCACUUACAACAGUUUGAUCAAGGGAUGUUGUAAUUUGCAAUGCAUUGAGGAUGCCCUGGAGCUGAUCGCUGAAAUGCCUCAUAAAGGAUGUUCUCCAGAUAGAGUUAGUUACUUUACUGUAAUGGGUUUUCUAUGCAAGGAGAAAAGAAUUAAAGAAGUGAGAAACUUAAUGGAGCAGAUGGUGACAGAUGGAAAUUUGUUACACGAUCAGGUUACUUAUGAAACUCUUAUCCAUAUGCUCUCAAAGCAUGGCCAUGGUGAUGAGGCUCUUAAAUUUCUGAAAGAGGCUGAAGAUAAGGGAUUUCAGGUUGAUAAAGUAGCAUAUAGCGCUAUUAUUCACUCUUUUUGUAAGGACGGAAGAAUACAGGAGGCAAAAGAACUGGUGAAUCAAAUGUUUCAAAAGGGUUGUAUGCCUGAUGUAGUUACUUACACUGCUGUUGUUAAUGGAUUUUGUCGGGUGGGAAAAUUGGACCUAGCCAGAAAGAUGCUUCAGCAAAUGUACAAGCAUGGCUGCAAACCAAACACUGUGUCAUAUACUGCCUUAUUAAAUGGGCUUUGUCGUAAUGGAAAAUCAUUAGAAGCUAGAGAGAUGAUUAACAUGAGUGAGGAAGAAUGGUGGACUCCUAAUGCCAUCACUUAUAGUGUUGUGAUGCAUGGGCUGCGGAGGGAAAGGAAACUAUCUGAGGCUUGUGAUGUGGUGAGAGAGAUGAUUAAAAAGGACUUUUUUCCAACACCAGUUGAAAUUAACUUAUUAAUUCAGUCUCUUUGUCAAGAGGGAAAAAUCAAUGAGGCUAAAAAGUUCAUGGAGGAAUGCCUAAACAAGGGAUGUGCUGUUAAUGUAGUGAACUUUACUACUGUGAUUCACGGAUUUUGUCAGAAUGAUGACUUGGAUGCUGCUCUUUCAUUGCUGGAUGACAUGUAUUUGAGCAACAAACAUCCUGAUGCAGUCACUUAUACGAUGAUUAUUGAUGCUUUGGGGAGAAAAGGUAGAAUAGAAGAGGCAAGUGAACUUAGUAACCAAAUGCUUCGAAAGGGUUUGGUUCCAACAGCUGUUACAUACAGGACAAUUAUCCAUUGGUAUUGUCAGAUGGGUAGAGUGGAAGAUUUGUUACAAUUGCUAGAGAAGAUGCUUUCAAGACAAAAGUGUAGAACAGCUUAUAAUCAAGUUAUCGAGAAGCUAUGUAAUUUUGGAAAUUUGGAAGAGGCUGAUAAACUCUUGAGUAAGGUCUUAAGAACUGCUUCAAAAGUUGAUGCUAGGACAUGCCAGGUGCUUAUGGAAAGUUAUAUGAGCAAAGGGAUUCCUUUGUCUGCAUAUAAAGUAGCUUGUCGUAUGUUAAAUCGGAAUCUGAUCCCUGAUUUAAAGUUAUGUGAGAAGGUGAGUAAGAAACUAGUCUUUGAAGGAAAAUCAGAGGAGGCAAAUAACCUUAUGCUAAGAUUUGUUGAGCGUGGAAAAAUUCAACCUUAGAAUCAAGAACAUUUGCAAAGCUAGAGCCUGAUGUGUUCUUAUAAACUUAAUAUUCUGGAUGGAUAUGAUUUCAUUUCCCUUUUGCUUUUCUCUGGUGCUAUCUACAGCUAUUCUGCACAAGGUAUGUAACUGUCUUUUUCUUUUUUCUCUUAUUGUCAUUUUUCUAAUGAUUAACUUAUUUUAUGCCAUGUGUAUGAAACACUACAGGAAAAACACUUUUAUGUGACACCAUUUUGUGGCUGUUCUAAAAAAGCAGCCUCAGACAUUAGAAAUAUUUGAGUUAAAAGGGCUUAACUUAUUUAAAACAAUUACUGUUACAUAAUAUUUAAAAGAAGUACAGUUAAUUAAGGAGAAUUAACUCUCAGUCCAUUUCUUUGCUCCCAAAUCCCGCUAUCUCUAUCACCAAUCUUCCCUCUCUAAAGCCCUUUUCAGUCUAAAUGAUCUCUCAAUUUCUGGUUUGAUCUUUCUGAAUCUCUGAAAUUUUGACAAUGAUCUCUCUAAAUCACCGCCCCUAGCAUUAGUCUCAAUCUCUGGCUUGGUAAGCUAGAUCUCUACUCAGUCUCUCAAUCUGGGAGUCCUUGGCAUUCUUUAUAAUUGAAUGGUUAUUACUAUUUAGAUAAUAUUCAUUGCUGAGAUGCUGAUUCUAUUAUAGGCCUUAGUGGCAUUUUCUGUUUUUGUCCUUUUGUUUUUGCACUUAUUACUUGUUUGUUUUCUGUGAAGCACUACUUGAGUAUAUUAUCUAGUGAGGAUAAUAGUUUUGAAGCCCUUGGAGCAUCAGAAAUAACCCUAAACCCCCUGCUGUUACUUAAACGUUAUAAAUGCUCUGUUAAAUUAAACAAAAUUAGGGAAAAAUGGUAAAUGUCUAUAAAAUAUAACAAUUCCUUUAUUCAAGAUUUUUUCUUUAUAUAUAAUAAAAUAAAAUAAAACACCACUUCCCUUUUUCCAGAUUUAUCCACUCCUCUCAAUAGCUGUCAACCUUCCUAAACCUACUCCAUCACUUCAUCUAUGGUUCACUCACCCAACUCUCUCAUUGUGCUUCUGUGACUCACCCCAACUACACCUUACUGUGUCGCACCCCACUUCACACCUUGUGAUCACUGUUAAACACCCUAUCUCCUUCCCGUUGCAUCCACAGCCUUUCUUGCAUCUACUGUUGCAGUCUCAACCAUCUCAACCUCUCUCUGCCCUUCCACCCACUCCUAAAGCCAUAUGGCUGCCCUUUACAGUCAAAUAGACUAAGAAACUGAUCAGGAAAAUAUUUUAAUGGGGUCUGUUUUGUGGUGGCUAAAGGAUAGUGUAUUUGAUAUAUGAAGUAGGUUUUUCCGAUUCACUAAACAGUGAUUUUAUGGUUGGUUUAUUGAAAGUUUUUGUUCUUUGAGAUGGCUUUACUGAAAUGAGUAUGUUUUCUGGGAAGGUUUAUUGAAAUGGAUUUGUUUUUCUGAUUGCAAACUUAUGAAAAUUUUGAAGGAAAAAUUAACUAAAAAAAGAGAGAGAAAAAUGUGAAGAAAAAUAAAUCAGUGGUUGUAACACUGUGGUGGGUGGGGGCAAUAGAGUGGGAAGGUAAGUGCAUUUACCAUAGGGUGGGCUUGGGGGCUGUCGAGGAUGGGGCGUAGUGGUGGAGAUGACAUGAAAAGGGAGGUGAAAAAACUAUCAUGAAAAUUCCACUAAUUAAUUUACUUUUCUUUAACAUGAAUUUGGUAAUUCCCUGUUCUAUUUGUGUUAUGGAUUAGUUAUGAGAACAUUUCUUUAUUGCUAUUUUCCAUGGGUAUUGUUUUUCAUUUUAAUUUUUUUCCCCUUUUAUAUGUAGUUUGUAUAUAUACUAUAGAUAGCAAAACCAAUAGCUUUAAGUUCUAAUAAAGGAAGAGAAUUUACUUAGUUGAGUGUGCUUUGAGAAAUUAAGCUGCAACUUUGCAUGGUCUUAAUGAUGGGAGUCAACAUAUCUGAGUUCGCACUUGGAUUUCCAAAUGGCAAAUUAAUGGAGCUUGGUUUGAUGACAAGAAAGAAACUAACGUGCUGGUAGGUAGCUGAUCUGGUUGUGAUUUUGGUGAAGAUGGUGGCAUAUUUCAUGGCUCCAUGGUGUGGGUCUUGCAAAUUCGUGAAACUGUAAAUUAAAUUAUUAGCUUCCAAACUUAUUCAGGCACUAUGUUUAUAAAGAUUGAUAGAAUAAGCUGGAGGUAAGUAACACUCUUAAUUAUCUAAAAUACCUUGUGUAUAAGUUAUGCAUAUAUUGAUCAUAAUGCUGCCUUAAAUUAAACCAAGGCUCUAUACAUGGAAAGUGGCUGAUUGUCACCACUGUCAUCAUAUUCACCUCUUUACUACUGCUGAAAUAAGUUUGUUAGUCCUUUAAAUUUCAUAUUAUUGGGGCUUUUUGAAGCUAUUGUUUGCUUUUUCAUAUUAUAUAUGUUUACUAUGGUUUUCUGCUUGUUGUAAGGAUUUGUGCUUGAUUUAGGAUAUUGCAAUACUGUGUAUUUUUGCAAUUUGUUACGGUUUGUUAUUUGUUUCAAUUUAGGAAGCAGAGGCAAAAGAAAAUCUGAAAAUUGUUAAUUAGUAAAUCAGUCCUUGUAUACGGGAGCAAGAUUUAAAAUUGAGCUGGAGGACUUCGAGGACAGAAGCCUCUCACUUGAAGAACAGCAGGCAUUUAUGAGACUUGAAGAGCACAAUCGCCAGUUAAGCAACAGGUUAGCAAUUCUCUGCAAACCGUCGUCACAAUGGUACCGAUUCUGUGGUAUUUAAAUUUCUACUCUGCAAUGGUUGUGAAUCUUAAUGUUGUUAGUUGUAUUGGCUUUCCGAAAUUGGGAUUCGGACUAAAGGUGAUGCAUAAGCAAUUUCUAUCAAGUGCGUGCUUUAUACUUAUAGCCUUCCUUUAAUACCAUCUAUGAAAUUGCCGUUAUGAGUAAAC